UGUGUGGCAUUGCAUGCUCCGUAUUUUGGUCUUCCCGGUUGACCGCAACACUUGACUUCUUUGUUUCCACUUUCAUUAACCUUUUCCUUCUGGAUCUCUCCCCCCUGUUCUUAUUGAAUCUGCUGCCAUGUGUGAUAGCAUGGUCUCCCGCAUAAAUAAACCCCUCGCCGCAAGGUACCAACCCCAUUGACUCCAUCCACCAUCCACGAGUCCAAGUUCACCCCCACCCCCCCCUAAGCCCACCCUCGAGGUCACAAUGCCCCCAAGCCCGCCCAAAACCAUCCUGAUCACCGGCUGCUCCGCGCAGGGGAUCGGCGCCGCCCUAGCCCAACAGCCCGCCCAAGAGGGCCACGUGCUCUUCGCGACGGCGCGCACGCCCAGCAAGAUCCCCGCGGAGCUGCGCGAGCAAGCCAACGUGCACGUGCUAGCCCUAGACGUGACGGAGGCGGCCUCCAUCGCCGCGGCCGUGCACUCCGUCACCGAGCACACCAGCACAAGCGGCAACCACCGAGGACUGGACGUGCUCAUCAACAACGCGGGGACGGGGUACACGAUGCCGCUGGCGGAGGCGGACCUGGAACGCGCGCGGGCGGUCUACGAGGCCAACGUCUGGGGCCCCCUGCAGCUGAUCCAGGCGUUCCAGCCGCUCCUGGUCGCCGCGCGCGGCCGCAUCGUCAACCUGAGCAGCGUCGGCGCCGUCGUCCCCACCCCCUGGAUCGGCGUGUAUGCCUCCUCCAAGGCCGCCCUCGUCCAGCUGUCCGAGACCCUGCGCCUGGAACUCCAGCCCUUCGGCGUCGGCGUCGUCUGCGUCAUGGCCGGCACCGUCGCCACCGCCUUCCACGCCAACGAGCCCGAGGUCCGCCUGCCGCCCGCGUCACGGUACGCGCCCAUCCGCCGCAUUAUCGCCGACUGGGCGACGGGCCGCGCCGGGCCUCGGAAUGCGUCCUCCCCCGAUGAUUUCGCUAAGGCUCUGGUCGAGGAUGUCGUGCUCGCGGAGACGCUGCCUGCCGGGUUGGUCUGGAAGGGGCCUAAUAGUGCCGCGGUGCGGUUGCUGGCCCGCUGGUGUCCGGUUGGGUUGUUGGACCGCAUCAUGAAGAACGGUCAGGGACUAGAUGAGCUGACCGAAAGCCUGGAGGGCAAGAAGUGAAGUGAAGAGAGAAGUUUCCGAUUGUCUACAAUGAGGUCUGUUCUAUAUGACGGGCUAGUAAUAGUGGUGGGUUGUGGAGAAAGGAAAGAAGAGGAGAAAUUGAUGGAAUGUAAUGUACUGUACAAAUUUUCAAAUUACUGCAAGACUGGAUGAAGGAUUCCAGAGGAAUAUUUGGGC